CUGUACCAGUUGCCUUGACCCAGCUUUGUGUUGAGCCCUCAGCCCCUCCUGCAGCGGAGCAGCGUGUGUUCCUCCGGGGUGACGGAGACAGCUGGUCCUUCCCUGGUGCAGCAGAGCGAGCGGAGCAGGGACGACGCACCGUCGCCGCCCGCAGCCACGGACGGACACGGGCCGGGGAUGGCGUCGCUCGGCGUGGGGCUGCACCUCAUCCGCAAGCGGGGAGCGGGCAGGAGCGCCGCGGUGGAGAGGAGGAACCUGCUCACGGUGUGCAGGUUUUCAGUGAAGACUCUUCUGGACCGUUCCUGUUUUGAGACAAUAGACGACACGUCUCCAGAGUUCAUCAACUUUGUUUCCAUCCUGGAGCACAUCCUCAGUCAUCGACUCAAAGGUCAGACAACUUGGUUUGGUUAUGAGAGUCCUCGGAGUUUCUGGGAUUACAUUAAAGCUGCCUGCAGUAAAGUCCCUCAUAAUUGCAUCCGAAGCAUCGAGAGCAUGGAGAAUGUGCGAUCGUCGAGAGCUAAAGGCAGGGCGUGGAUCAGAGUGGUCCUGAUGGAGAAGAGAUUAUCAGAAUACAUCUCAUCUGCACUGAGGGACUUCAAAACCACCAGGAGGUUUUAUGAGGACGGCGCGAUCAUACUGGGAGAGGAGGCAGGGCUGUUAGCAGACACGCUCAUCGGACUCAACACCAUUGACUUCAGCUUCUGUCUGAAAGGAGAGGGUCUGGACGGGAGCUGCCCCGCCGUGAUCGACUACACGCCUUACCUGAAGUUCACUCAGAAUGCAGACAGCAUCAGCAGCGACGAGGAGGAGAUGAGGACUCUGGGGAGCAGCGGCAGUGAGAGCAGCACCCCCGACAAAACGGCCACCGCCGCCUCCAUCUUCACCGAGCAGAGCAACUUGGUCAGCAAGUGCAAACGCUUUGAGCAGAAGUACCGGAUGGCACUGGAGCAGAAGGGCUACCUAGAGGAGCUGGUCCGUCUCCGAGAGGCCCAGCUGUCAGAGGCCAUGUCUCAUAACAAAGCUCUUCAGCAGAGCCUAGCAGACACACACGUCUCCCACACACUGGAGAAAGAGCAGCUCGAGUACAUCAUACUGGAACUACAGGACCAACUCACGGUCCUGAAAAACAAUGAUUUGCGAUCCAGACAAGAGCUUACUGCCCAUCUGACCAAUCAGUGGCCAUCUCCUGUCGUCUUGGAUGCCAACGCCGUUGCCUUGGACACGCUGCUGUACAGGAAGAGCACGGGACAGUGGGAGGAGAAGAGUUUCCAGAGCCUGGAGCAGCUGUCUGCAGACAUGAGUCUCUCCCAGACCUCACUUGAACCGGCACACACAAUGAGUCUGGAGGGCAGGCCGACCGGCACACACUGGCCCCACCAAGGUAAAGAGGAAACUCCAUCUCUAAAGGGUCUGUGUGGCUCCCUGACCUCAGUCGCAAGCUACAAGUCUCUGGCCAGCCUGAAGUCCAGCGAGUGUUUGGCCAGUCCUGCAACAGAGAUCAGCAGCCCGGGCUUCACUCCUUCAUAAGGAACAUAGAGCUAAAAAAAUACAUCACAACCAGGGCCAGACAAUCCAGGAACUUUCUUAAUGUAGGUGUUUCUGAGCCUGUUUACACCUGGUAUUGACGUGCUUCUUGGGUGAUACCAUCACAAGUGGACAGCGCUAAGUACACAGUGUAAACAGCCACCAAGACGCACUGUGAUACGAUAACUCCAACCACUUGUAGAGGUGGUCGUGGUGAGACUCACAAAAUGUUAAUAAAUUCAAGAUUCUCUCUUUCACUGAACUAACGUUAAGCUUACUUGCCUUGUGACCUUGUCGUAAAACACACUUCAUUCAAACUCAACAGAAACGAAAUAAAACUCACCAAAACCGUCCGACUCAGUUUACUUGCUUUUGGUUUAGUUUUUUAGUCCACUGUUCCAAUAAUCAUCGACUCUAGUUCGGUCAAAAUAAACCCUUAAUUCACAGAGUUAAAUGUAAAAAAUAAGCUGUUUUUCCACCGGUCUCUUUCUGCCAUGCAGGCUGGCUGUUUGCAGUCCUGUAACGUUAUCCCCACUCUUCGCAGUCACCAUGUAUGUCAUCUCAGUUGCCUGUUGCACCAGUAGAGACUGACACUAGGUGAUGCAUGAUGUGCGGCACAUAUAUCCUCAACACAGCCUCUCCAUGUGAUUUCAAAAGAAAGAUGAGUGUCUGUAUUUUUGACAGUAUUGUCUCGGAGUAGAGCUGCUGCUCCUUCGUGCCGAAAGGGAUCAGUUGAGGUGGUUAGGGCAUCUGAUCAGGAUGCUUCCUGGGCGCCUCCAGAUAGAGGUGUUCUGGGCAUGUCCAACUGGUAGGAGGCCCCGGGGCAGACCCAGAACACACUACAUAUCUCAUCUGGCCUGGGAACACCUUGGGGUCCCCCAGGAGGAGCUGGAAAGUGUUGCUGGGGAGAGGGACGUCUGGGGUGCUUUGCUCGGCCUGCUGCCCCAUGACCUGGCCUUAGACAAGAGCAUGAAAAUGGAUGGAUUGAAAAUCUUAUCAUGUAAUACCACCCAAGCCUAGUGCUGAUGCUGUAUAACAGGGGUGUCCAAACUGUUUUCAACUGGGGCUGGAUUAGACAAUGGGAAAAUACCUGGAGGGCCAGCUCCUAAAAGUGACGAGCUUUGCUGUCGACUUUAUGCUUCUUUGCUGUGUUCAUGUCUGCUCCCGAAUCUAAACUUUCGUUAGCUUGUUUACCAUCUAUUUAUUCUAUUAUUCUAUUUAUCUAUUCUACUUGGGGCAUGUCUACAAACUGUUUGACAGUCCUGUCAUCAUGAGGUGAACUGAAAAAAUGCAAAGUGAACUUGCUUGACUAUCCAAUACUGUGCUGUGGACCAUACAUAGUCUACUUUGAACAACAAGCUGGGGGCCGUUUAAAAUCAGUUCGGGGGCCACAAUUGGCCCCCAGGCCGGACUAUGGAGAUGCCUGCUCUAUUACUUGCCAAUUUUAUGAUGAAUUGAACAAUGUAUUGUGGAUAAGCAUUGAUCGGUUUGAAGCACAGUGUUAAAUCUGCUGGCAGCGGUAUCUCCAGCUGUACCGACACAACCACUCACAUGACUAGCAAACAUGCUAGCAAGAGCGUGGAUGUAAUAACUUUGUGCUGGGCCCUCAUAGUGUCAAUGACAUAGGCAGUAACACAAUCUGAACACAAACUGUCAGCUGGAGGCGCAUAAUAGACACAGAUAUGAACGGUGAUGUGUCUCGGCUGUCCACCUGCGUUCGGAUUACUGAAGCACUUGUCAAUACCAGGUGUCAACAGGCUCAUUGAUUUGUAGACAUUUCCGUUCUGUCUGUAUGUGGAGCUUUGACAGAUGGAAGUCGGGGUUUGUAAGUAGAGAAUCAGGUGAAGCAUGUCCUUUGAAUUGUGUUAAACUCAAGAGCAGCUCCAUCAGACAGAAUAAUGUCUUACUACUGUACCAUACAGCUGAAACGACCUCUGACUCUCUAUAGAGGAUAUCCUGCUGUUAUUUCAUUAAUAGAGAGGCGAAGUCCCUCCCCUUCCAUUUAGUUUUGUACUCAAUGAUCUACACCUCUUGUCACAUACAGUUUAUGUCACCAACACCAACACGGCUGUUACCUCCACACAACAUUCUCCCAGAAUGUGAGAAUAAGCAUUAAAGAGGUGAAAAUUACUACAAGUCUGGCCAUGUCAAGAGCCGCAGAUGUGCCAAUGUCAGUACAUCCCAGUUGGAAACACACAGGCGUCGUAGCUUCAGCAAGAGGAAGUUAUGACAUCACUUAUAUGAUUUUUGGGUGUGUCUUUCUAUUUACCUAUUUAUUUAUAUUAUCAUAUGUGUGAUUCAUGUCACAGGGGAUCAAAAUGAUAUUUGUCUCUUGACGUUGACUACAGCACCUAUUUCUUCCGAAACAAGGUCCACCAGAAGGGGAGGGACUUCACCUCUCUAUAUGUGUUUUUGUUUUGUUGGUGUUUUUAUCUGUGGAGCAUCCGUUUUUUUCCAUUAUGGGAAAUGUAUUAAAUAAUAGAGAGUUUGUGUAAGGAUUGAAAGGUUUCCCAGGAGAUCAUAGCAUGCUGAAAAUACUGAGUGUAGAUCAGAGUUCUGAGAAAACACAAAAUACUGAAAGCUUUGGUCAGUGUUAGUCUCUUGUCACUAUGAAUCAUUUCAAAGGGUCUUUUAUUAUUGUCUGUGCUUUUACUGCUGCCACUGAAUUCAUGUUUUUUUUAUCUAGUGAUCUCUUUGAUUUCUGAUGAAUGUACCUUCACAUUUGUCACAUUAUGACAUCAAAGUUUUGCAUAAUGCCAUCUCACUUUUUGUUUUCGGGUGUAAAUGUUUCUGCACUUUUUUCACAUUUUUUAUUUGAUCAGUUUUAUAUUGUCAACAUGGUGUAUAAUGCAGUGUCACAUGGUUUUGUUCUCAGGUAAUGAUCCCUAUGAUUAAUACUCACCCUUUAUUACUUUAAGAUUAAAGGGACACUUCAUUCCAAAAUCAGAAAUGCAUUUUUCUUCUUACCUGUAGUGCUGUUUAUUAAUCUAGAUUGUUCUGGUGUGACACCAUGUCCUAACAGCAAGUGAGUGUCAGACUGUCGCUCCACAGUGUGUUAAAUUGGAGACUUUCUGUCCACGCUGGAUCUGUAAAAUAUGGAACUCUGGAAUUUUAGUACAUACUUCCUUAUUUUCCAUAUUCACAACAAUAUUAUCACUCCUAUCGUAUAGAUAUCAUUGUUGUAGCUACCACACUAUAUCGCAGUGGUUCCGAAACUGGUCCAGCCAUGGGGUCCAGAUUUCUCCUUAGUCAUUAGUUCACGGUCCUCGCAGUUAAAUACAUUCAGUGUCAUACUUGCGUUUGGCCAUUUCUGCAAGCUAGUUUGCUGUCUCUGUCUGCUGUCGAGUAGCUGUGCGUUAUUCAUUCACUCUACAGCAGGAAACGGCACUUCAAAAUGAAAACUGUGCUGGAAAUUCACCGUGCUUAAAAAUAAAGUGUGUUUUUACCCGCCAGUUGGGAACUACUGCUGUAUCGUACCACCAUCUCCACUUUGUAAAACAAGCUAGCUUGCUAACAAGCUCAGCUGAGCAUCCCACACAAUACUUGCCAGAAACUUUCAGCUCCCUGGGGCUCUUCUUCCAGCCAGAUGCCAACUUAUGUAGGUUUUUGUAGGUAUCAUAGAUGACUCCUCGUGAAUCAGCAACUCCUUGUCCACUGUGGUGCUUUCAACACGAGCAACAAGAAUAAAAUAUAAAAGGGCCGUUCAACAAAACACAUCUAGUUCAGACACAGUAUGAGUUGUCGAGUGUUGGAGAUAUUGGCCGUAGAGAUGUCUGCCUUCUCUCCAGUAUUAUGGAACUAGAUGGCACUCAGCUUAUGGUGCUCAA